GCUGAAUGAGGAGAGCGGAGAACCGGGGAGGGAAACGGGGGCGCCUUCGCCGGGGCCACAGACUGCCGGCGGUUCCUUCUCUCUCGCAGAGAGGAGGCUGAUCCAGGACGAGCUGGACCCUGGGUUGCUCAGAAGAAUAAUGCCCGGCGGCUUCUACAAUGAACAACCCUGAAAGAAGACCGUUCGACUCAGCAGAAGAAGAAAAGAUCUACUGGAAAGAGCUCUCGGCCAAAUAUAAGCAGUGCGCGGAGAACGCCCAGGAGGAGCUGCGCGAGUUCCAGGAAGGGAGCCGGGAGUACGAAGCUGAGCUGGAGAUGCAGCUGCAACAGCUGGAAUCCCGAAACCGGGAUCUGCUGUCGGAGAACAGCCGGCUGCAAAUGGAAGUGGAGUCGGUCAAGGAGAAGAUCAUGAGCCAACAUGCCGAAGGGCACCGGCAGGUCUCGGCCUUGGAGGAGGAGCUGGCCCAGGCAAGAGCCGCCCGGGAUCGGCUGCAGAAGUACAUCCGAGAGCUGGAGCAGUGCAACGACGACCUGGAACGAGCCAAGAGAGCCACCAUCAUGUCCCUGGAGGACUUUGAGCAGCGGCUGAACCAGGCCAUCGAGCGGAACGCCUUCCUCGAGAGUGAGCUGGACGAGAAAGAGAACCUCUUGGAGUCGGUGCAGCGGCUGAAGGACGAAGCCAGAGAUUUGCGCCAAGAGCUGGCCGUGCAGCAGAAGCAGGAGAAGCCGAAGGCUGCAGCAGAGGGCUCUCCGGGAGGUGGCCGGACGGACAUGGCUGUGCAAGCCGCCUUCUCUGGACCAUCGACCCCCGCGGUCCCCCGAGGGCCGAGCGUUGGAUUUAGUACCCCAGGAGCCUUCAGAAGAGGUUUUGAGGAGGGCUGCAGUGCAACCCCGCUUACACCAGCGGCACGGAUAUCGGCGCUGAACAUAGUGGGAGACCUCCUUCGGAAAGUUGGGGCGCUGGAGUCUAAGCUGGCCUCCUGCCGAAACUUUGUGUAUGACCAGGCUCCGUACCGAAGCCCCGCGCCCCCACCUCCCUGUUGGGGCAGGGAUGCGUUCGAGAGGCGGCUGAGCGGCCCCCACAUUUCCCAGGGCCUUUGCCCCUUUGCUCAAAUGCAUCACCCCUGGCUGCUUAUUCCCACCGGAGAAGAGCCCUGCUGGAUUGGGCCCCAAGGCUGGCCAAACAGCUGGACCUAGGGAGGCAGCCAUCCAACCUUGCCGGGCCAGCGGGCCUUCCCGCACCGAGGGUAGCCCAGAUGCUUUUCUGAGGGACGUUGGGCC